AUGGUCGCAGACACCCUCGUCUACCACCCCUCGGUGGCCCAGUACCUGCGCUACGUCGCCACCACCGUCGGCCGCGACAAGCUCCUCCGCGCCAUCCAGUACUUUGCCCGCUUCUACGCCUGGUACCUGCUGCGCACAAACGGCACCCCGGCCCAGAUGGCCCCCUGGAACGUCCUCAAGCGCCAGCUCGGCCUCACCCGCAAGAUCCUCCGCGUCGGCAAGCCCGUCGAGCACCUCAAGGCCGCCGCCGUCGCCGCCGACGCAAAGUCCACCCCGGCCUUGCUGCGCUACGCCUCCGUCGGCCGCCAGCUCGGCUAUGCCGGCUAUCUCACCUUUGAUGCCCUCGCCCUGCCCGAUGCCAUGGGCGUGCGCAAGUGGCACCGUGCCGCCGACGCUCAGCGGCACGCCUACCGCUUCUGGGCCGUCGGCAUCAUCUUCAGCGUUGCGGCCCAGCUCUACACCCUCCGCCAGCUCAAGCGCAGAGAGGCCGCCAUCGACCGCAAGGACGGCGAGGGCGUCGUCGAGAGCAAGCGCAUUAAAAUGGAGAGAUCCGUCAGCCGCCUCCAGCUGCUCUGCGACCUCUGCGACCUCGCCGUCCCCACCUCGGCCCUCGGCUGGGCCGGCUUCGACGAUGGCUUCGUCGGCCUGGCCGGCACCCUCAGCAGCGUCAUCGGCAUGUACACCCAAUGGAAAAAGUCGGCCUGA